ACUUUUAGUUUGCCAUAUAAAUACAUGCGUGUUUCAUGCAUGAGUACAUUAUGAGUUUUUAACCAUUUUUAUUUGGUUUGUACAAUUGAGAAAAACAGUGAUAUUGUGCACCAAACAGCACAGAUAUUAGUAUAUAUCGGUGAAGAAAAAAAAAGAUAAAGUUUGAUGUAUUUGUUAAGGCAGAAAGUGAAAUUUGUGUGAAACUUUGAGGUUAUGUGUGAUUGUGAACAAAUGACAGUGGUUUAAAUAUUUUACAAUGGCAAAUUUGAAAAAUAUGAAUGCUGAUUUUGAAGAACUUUCACAUGACACAAACCUAAUUGCUAAGUUAGAACAAUUCAGCAACGCAGCUUUCAAAAUCCAGGACAUGGUGGAAUUGGCCAGCGACCCUUUACUCUCCGAUAAACUUUCCGCAGCAGACAAGAUUCAAUAUAAUUUGCUGCUAUCCUACAGUCUUAACAGUCUGUUCUGGAUGUAUUUAAAAGCUGAAGGGAUUGAUCCAACAAACCAUCGGAUCAGAUCACAGAAUGAACGACUGAAGAAGGCAAUGAUGCGUGCAAAACAGAUUAACGAGGGAAAAACACUUAUGCCACGUCUCAACAAGGAUGCUGCUAAGAGAUUUGUUAGAAGUGGUUUAUGGGAACCAAAACAAAAGAAGCAGAAGAAGAUGGAGAAUAACAAUUAAUUUGAAGUAUUGCUAUCUACAUAAGUAAAUUUUGUUAUAUCCCUAUAUAUUAUAUAUUUAAAGCAAUAAAGUAAGUAUUUUCUACAUAUUUUUUA